AUGAAUCUUUUGUUAUCGUCCUUUCUAGUCUUUCUCGCUUCUCAAAUCGCUGUCUCUUUACCCCAGGAGCCGUUUUUGGAGCGUGAUCUUCAAACUCCCUACGACCAACUACCGGAAUUGAGCCCCGAGGCUGUUAGAUUGGGUACUCGCUAUAUCGAAGCCACGCGCAUGCAGAAGCGUGAUGAUACGAGUUCUGAAUAUGCUCCUUACAAUGUAACUUGCCCCAGCGACCUUUUGCGUGAAGGUACCCAGGGCAUGAACAGCGGUGAGCAAUCGUUUUUGAGCAAGCGUGUGGAUAGUGUUAACAAACAAACCCGACAAUUUGUUCAAAACUCCGGCCUCAACAUCAGUGUCAAUGAUGUUAUCACCGACAAGGAUGGUCCACGUCUUGGUAUGGCUUUCUCUGGUGGUGGAUUCCGUGCCAUGUUGAACGGGGCCGGAUUUUUUGACGCCUUUGAUAGCCGCGGCAGCGAUUCCUCUAAAUUCUCUGGACUUGUUCAAAGUUCCAUGUAUAUUACUGGUCUCUCUGGUGGUUCUUGGCUUGUUGGUUCCAUUGCUAUCAACAACUUUUCCAACGUUAGUUACUUGCAAGAUAAUGUUUGGGACAUGGAUCAUACCGUUUUUAGCCCUUAUUCCAACCCAAUCAGGGAUGUCGAAUAUUUAAAUCAUCUUCGCCAAGAAAUUGAUGCUAAACAGGAUGCCGGUUUUGACACUUCCAUCACUGAUCUUUGGGGUCGUUCUUUAUCUAGAAAGCUUGUUGAUGCUCCAAGAGGUGGCCCCGGUCUCACUUGGUCGAGCAUUCGUAACCAAUCAUGGUUCCAAAACGCCGAGUAUCCUUACCCCAUUCUCAUAUCCGACAGCCGUAGGGAAGAUGAGCACAUUAUUCCCGAAAACUCAACUAUUUUUGAAUUUACUCCUUACGAAUUCGGCACAUGGGAUAAUGGUAUCAACGCUUUUAUUCCGAUGGAAUACGUCGGUACUCAUUUGAAUGAUGGCUCUCCUCCAGACAACAAAUGUGUUCGCGGCUUCGACAAUGCUGGUUUCGUAAUGGGAAGUUCUGCCACUCUUUUCAACGAGGCUUUGUUAAGAUUGAAUUCCAACGGCACUUGGGCUGAAAUUGCUCGAAGCAUAUUGAAUCGUAUUUCCAGCAAACAGAAUGAUAUUGCCCCUUACCCUAAUCCCUUCCAAAACUACACUGCCAAGAAUACUUCCGUUGCCAAUAACUUUAAGAACUUCCCUACUGUUGACCUCGUUGACGGUGGUGAGGAUAAUCAGAAUAUUCCUAUAUGGCCUUUGCUUCAUCCUCAGCGUUUUGUGGAUGUCAUUUUUGCUGUUGACUCUACUGACGACGAGAACGGCUGGCCCACAGGUUCAUCUCUCGUUAAUACAUAUGAGAGAAUUGUUAACAGCAACCACAACAAGAGUAUCGAUGUCCGCGGCUUUCCCUAUAUUCCUGACACAGAUACAUUCAUUUCUCUCGGCUUGAACGCUCGCCCUACCUUCUUCGGCUGUGACGGAAAAAACACUACCUUGAAGCAAGACUAUGUCGAUAACAAGACUCCUCCUUUAGUCGUUUAUAUGCCCAACUAUCCUUGGUCUUAUGAUUCCAAUAUUUCAACAUUUACUUUUGAGUUAUCGAACGGAAAGACGGACGAUGUUAUUAAUAAUGCUCGCUUGGCUGCCACUCAAAACAACAGUGACGAUUUUGCUACUUGUCUUGCUUGUGCCGUGGUGCAACGAUCAGUGGAGCGCAAAAACAUGACUACUCCUGCACAAUGUAAGAAAUGUUUCCAGGAUUACUGCUGGAACGGUACUACUUCAAACAAGAAUAUUGUGUAUAAUCCCACAAUUCUUUCUGGCUCAGCUCAAUCUUUAGCUUCUCGUACCAUGGGCUUUGGACUUGCUACCAUGCUUGUAUCGCUUGUUCCAUUUGUUUUGCUGAUUGCAUAA